AUGGAAGUGGCGGUGCCGCUUCUGUGUCUGGCGGCGACUGUCCUGGUAUGGGGCGUCCUCUGGGUUUGGGGCUCCUGGGAGCGAGUGACGAGGCCGGAGCAGGCUGGCCUGCCCGGAGGCGGAAGCCGGACACUUCUGGUGACGGCGCACCCCGACGAUGAAGCCAUGUUCUUUGCUCCCACUAUUCUAGGCUUGACCCGCCUGCGGCACCAGGUGUUCCUGCUCUGCUUCUCCGCAGGAAAUUACUACAAUCAAGGGGAGAUCCGUAAGAAGGAACUCUUGCAGAGCUGUGAUGUUCUGGGGAUUCCCCCCUCCAACAUAAUGAUUAUUGAAAACAGGGAUUUCCCAGAUGACCCAGACGUGCGCUGGGACCCAGAGCGGGCAGCUGAUGUCCUCCUCCAGCACGUAGAGGCCAACGGCAUCACCCUGGUGGUGACCUUUGAUGAGGGGGGCGUGAGCGGGCACAGCAACCACGUGGCUCUGAAUGCAGCUGUGAGGACCCUGCACGCAGAAGGGAAGUUACCUAAAGGGUGCUUGGUGCUCACGCUCCAGUCUGUGAACCUGCUGCGCAAAUACCUCUAUCUGCUGGACCUACCCUGCUCCCUGCUGCUUGCCCGCGACGCCCUCUUCGUGCUCACCCAACGCGAGGCAGCCCAGGCCCAGAGAGCCAUGUCCUGCCACCACAGCCAGCUGCUCUGGUUCCGCCGCCUCUAUGUGCUGUUCUCCCGCUACAUGAGGAUCAACUCUCUGAACUUCCUCUGA